AUGUCUGCAAUCCACGUCGAUCAGGAACCCAAGUUCAACGCCGCACAUAUGGAGUUCGAGGAAAAGCCCGCGGACUACGCGCAGGAGCUGGGUGCUCCCCAGCAGGACUUUGUCAUCGACACCCAGGUCGAGAAACGCAUCAAGCGGAAGAUUGAUGCCAGGCUGCUCCCGAUACUCGGUAUGAUGUAUACCUUCUCUCUCAUUGAUCGGACCAAUGUUGGCGGUGCCCGGAUAUCUGGACUUGAUGAAGCUGUCGACCUCGACGUGGGUAACAGAGCCUCCACCAUCAUUCUGGUCUUCUACGUAGGAUAUGUCAUAUUCGAACUGCCGAGCAACAUUGUCCUCAAGAAGCUGGGAGCCGCAAAUUGGCUGUCGUUCCUGGGAGUCGCAUGGGGACUGAUAUCUCUGGGUAUUGGGUUCAGCAAGAACUGGGGAACGGUGGCAGUACUGAGGGUGCUCCUCGGCAUACUCGAAGCGGGUCUGUUCCCGGGAUGUAUCUAUUUGAUCUCGGCCUGGUAUCGGCGAUACGAGGUUCAGAAGAGAAUUGCAGUGUUCUUCAUGACAGCCUCGUUCCUCUCGUCAUUCUCCAAUAUCUUGGCCUACGGCUUGACACAAAUCGCUUCCAACCCGGAACUUGACGGCUGGAAAUGGAUCUUCAUCGUCGAGGGAGCCAUCACCGUCGGCCUGGCCAUUAUGGCACGAUUCAUCAUUGUCGACUUCCCCGAAUCACCCAGGAACAAGUUCCUCACUCCCGAUGAAGUUCGAGUGGUGACCAACAGACUGCUGGCAGAACGUGGAACUGCCGAAGGUGGCAAAGUGAGCUGGAAAGUGAUCAGGGAGACCGUCUUGGACUGGCAAGUCUGGACCAUUGCGUGUGUCUACAUGAGUGGAUCCUGCGGCACAUACGGCUUCCUGUUCUUCCUGCCGCUGAUCCUCCGUAACGGGUUGGGCUAUUCUCAGUCCCUCUCGUUUUGUCUCACUGCUCCCCCCGCGGCGGUGGCGGUGAUUUACGCGCUCGGAAUAUCCUGGGCAGCCGACAAGUACCGUGUCCGAGGACCGUUCAUCCUGAUGCAUUGCGCGCUGGGGAUCGUGGGUCUUUGCAUGAUCGGAUUCCUGGAUCCUCCGACACCGCGAUACAUCGGCUCGUUCCUGGGAGAGUGUGGUACCAACGGACUCAUCGUGACGGGACUGGCUUGGGGCCAGAACAAUGUCAGAGGCGACGCCAAACGCAGCGUGGCCACGGCGAUCCAGGUCAUGAUGGCUGCUGUGGGAGGCAUUUACUCGGCAUUGGUGUUUCGGCAGCAGGAUGCACCAAACUAUGUGCCUGGCCUCGUGGCUACGGGUGCUUUGAUCUUGCUGGCUGGAGUGUUGACGCUCAUCACCUGUCCUCUGUUGAUUCGAGCGAACCGUAAAGCUGACAGGGGUGAGAAGGUCAUUGAGGGCGCUGCGGACUUCAGAUAUACUUGGUGAUAUAUCAGGGAGACGAAGACCCUGGGAGCAGUCGGCAGUCGGCGGUGCCUCGUACUGUUGAGUGAGUGAGUGAAGACCGUUUCUGGCUGGGAGGGUGGUUGUCUUUGCGGUAUUGGAGUUUGACCUCAUAGAGUACAGUACCUG